AUGGAUACUUGGUUUCGAAUUGGAUCUUGUCGUAAGACGAAGCUGUCAAAUGAUGAAGGAACUAGUAGUAGUGGAACUACUAGUAGUGAGAUUGUUGAUGUGUCAAGUUUGAAUAAAACAAAGAAAACUAAAAUAUAUUUUAUAGUUUUUUUUUAAUUUUUAAAAUUUUUUAUUCCUAAUAACUAUAUAUACAUGUAUAUAUGUAUAUAAUAUAUAUUAUAAUUUUAUAAAAACGUAUAUAGGUAAGCUAUGGGUGAGCCUCAAAUAUUUUUUUACAAAAUUAGUGGUCCGCGAAACUAAAAAGGUUGGGAACCGCCGCCAUAGAGUAACAAUAUUUGAAAACUGCCAUCUAACGGUAUAUAGCAUAAUCAAUGGAUCUUUUAUUGAAGGUCAAUGACUACUAUGAAAAAAAUGGUUUGGCAUCACCCUGAUAAUACAAUUUGAAUCAUAGACCUUAUAAUGAUUAUAGGUUUAUGGUUUGAAUAGGUAACGCCGCCUCUAUAUUACUCUAUAGUUUAACUAAAACCAGUUUAAGUUUAGACUAGAGGAGUACGUGUGUAAUAAAUUGCAUAUCUAUUUUAUUACGGCACUGAUUAUAGAAUAGUCUAUUUUAUAAUCAAUGAUUACAGCCUUGGACUAUUGUAUAAUAAAUAUUGAUAUAUUUUGUAAAGAGUACACUAGAUGGUGUUAGUGGCCUUUUUAAAAGUGAGAAGGUUCUAGUUUCACUUACCACACGUUCGUUCGGUAUCCUGUAAAUCUUAAUUCGUGUUAUAGAUUUAGAUUACAUGCCUCCGAUGCCAUCUCUGAUGAAUAAAGGAACAAAUCAUGGUAUAUUGCUCGGAAAUCUAAAUGCGGGUUGCGGAAUGCCCGUAGAAAACAAGAUAACAAUAUUAUCUACGGAUUUUUGUAUACAUUAA